AUGAUGGCGGAGGACAGCGAAUCCGCCGCCAGCCAGCAGAGCCUGGAGCUGGACGACCAGGAUACAUGCGGGAUAGAUGGGGAUAACGAGGAGGAGAACGAGAACGCGCAAGGGAGUCCCGGAGGGGAAUUGGGGGCCAAGAAAAAGAAGAAGAAGCAGAAAAGGAAGAAAGAAAAGCCGAAUUCCGGAGGAGCCAAGUCGGACUCUGCCUCUGACUCUCAGGAGAUCAAGAAUCCUGGUUUGCCCAUCCAGAAGCUGCAGGACAUCCAAAGAGCUAUGGAGCUGCUGUCCUGUCAGGGCCCAGCCAAGAGCAUUGAUGAGGCAGCCAAGCACAAGUACCAGUUCUGGGAUACGCAGCCGGUGCCCAAGUUAAAUGAGGUGGUGACGGUUCAUGGGCCGAUUGAGGCAGACAAAGAGAAUAUCAGACAGGAGCCGUAUUCUUUACCUCAAGGCUUCAUGUGGGACACACUGGAUCUCAGCAAUGCAGAUGUACUAAAGGAGCUCUACACAUUGUUAAAUGAGAACUACGUGGAGGAUGACGAUAACAUGUUCAGAUUUGAUUACUCACCAAGCUUCCUCAAAUGGGCUCUACGGCCGCCUGGCUGGUUACCUCAGUGGCACUGUGGAGUGAGAGUGUCUUCAAAUAAAAAGCUUGUCGGCUUCAUCAGUGCCAUUCCUGCAGAUAUCCGCAUUUAUGACACGUUGAAGAGAAUGGUGGAAAUCAACUUUCUGUGUGUCCAUAAGAAGUUGCGCUCAAAGCGUGUAGCGCCAGUGCUUAUCAGAGAGAUCACGCGGCGAGUCAACCUGGUAGGAAUAUUUCAGGCAGUCUACACAGCAGGCGUCGUGCUGCCUAAACCAGUGUCCACAUGCAGGUACUGGCAUCGUUCUCUUAACCCCAGAAAGCUCGUGGAAGUCAAGUUCUCCCACCUGAGCAGAAACAUGACUCUGCAAAGAACAAUGAAACUCUACAGACUACCAGAUAACACAAAGACAGCGGGGUUGCGGGCAAUGGAACGGCGUGACAUCCGGCAGGUAACAGAGCUGCUUCAGAAGUACUUGAGACGAUUCCAGCUGGCACCUUCUAUGAGCGACGGGGAGGUGGCUCACUGGCUCCUACCGCAGGAAAACAUCAUAGACACUUAUGUCGUUGAGGGUGCUGGUGGCAUCUUGACCGACUUUGUUAGUUUCUACACGUUGCCCUCCACCGUGAUGCAUCACCCCCUCCAUAGGAGCUUGAAGGCCGCAUACUCCUUCUACAAUGUUCACACGCAAACGCCGCUACUGGACUUAAUGAAUGAUGCACUGAUCCUUGCCAAACUGAAAGGUUUUGAUGUGUUCAAUGCCUUGGAUCUAAUGGAGAAUAAAAGCUUUCUGGAGAAGCUCAAGUUUGGUAUAGGCGAUGGAAAUUUGCAGUAUUACCUCUACAACUGGAAAUGUCCCUCUAUGGACGCUGAUAAGGUUGGCCUGGUUCUACAGUAG